AUGAUAUUGGUCGUACAAACAUUUGCAAAUUGUCAAGUGAAGAUCAAUGGUACACGUCAGUGUCCGUCAUUAGCGGGAGGUGACGAAGCGUUGGACGCAUAUCGGCGCUGGCAACAGGACAAUGUUCAGGCAGCCCGUGCCUUUGGAACGGCGCAUGAUGAGGAACUUGCUAUUCAUGUAAGAAAGAAGACUGACGCAAAAGAAAUUUGGGAUAUCCUUACGUCAGUUUAUGCACAAUCUUCAUUGAACCGAUUAUGUACGUUGUUGGAUUGUUUCUUUGAAACGUCAAAAGAUGACAUCACGCCUACAACAAAAUACAUGUCGCUAAUUGCGAUCAUUUUCCAUGACUUGUGCAGCGAACUGAACACAAUUAAUUCAAAUGCAACUUUGCCCCUUUCGCUAUUUCACCAUCGUAUUUUCAAAACAUUAGGACCCGAAUAUCAGUUUUACAGGUCGACCUGGUAUAAUGUUUCUGAGCCUGAGGAGACGACAAAGCUUCUUACUGAGAAUUUUCGAUCGAUUCAGAAUUCGCUAGCUACUCAGGCAGCUGGUGCUUUCUAUGCAAAAUCAAAAUCGAAUGAGCAACAUAAAAAACAGAAGAAUUUUGUAACAGAAGAGAUCAGGUCAAAGAAGAAAGAAAGUCAUACGUAUCUGUAUUCCAAGAAAGCUGGACAUAUUAUCACAAACUGCCCAAAGCGCAUGGCCGCCGGAAAAGCAAAAGUGACAGCCAACAACAACAAUAAAUCGAGUUCCAGUUUAAAAGUGAGCAACAAACUAAAUACAUUUCGAGCCACUAGCUUGUUGUUUCACGCUAAUUCUGAUAGUUUAGAUUCUUGGAUUUCGGACCUCAGCAUGACACAUCAUAUAUCACCAAAUAAACGCAAUUUCGCUACAUUCCAAAAGUUUCUGAUUUCACAGUGGACACCUGCUCUGCUUGAAAAUUUCUGGUAUGUACCUGAUGUCAAACACCAGCUCUUCUCUGUCCGUGAGGCUACACAGCGUGGAUAUAAUGUGACUUAUGAUAACAAAGAUGUUAUCAUUCGGCUACAUAUAUUCACAAAAGCUGUCCUGCGAACCGUAGAGCGCCCUGAUACCACAUCUUUUUGUGAUUGGCGUGUUCUUGACAAAUCCCACCGAAAACCAUUUAGCCAUCAAAGACAUCGUCCACGAACUGUCAGUGAGUUGAUCAAAUCAGACGUUAAUGGGCCCAUGUCUGUUGACUCUAUAAAUGGUUUUCGUUACUAUGUGAUUUUCAAAGAUGAUUAUUCUCGUUUCGUUCAGAUAUAUUUCAUGCGAAAGGAGUGUGAUGCUAUUGGUCAUAAGGUAAAAGUAUUUCGAUCUGACGGUGGAGGAGAAUCUAAUUGUAACGUGGUAGCUGCUCUUCUACGAGACCGUGGUACUGAGUUUUGUCAUACGUGUCCAGACACUCCUGAGCAAAAUGGUGUUGCUGAACAAACAAAUCGAGAUGUACUUGAAUUAGCUGGCUCAGUAUUAACGUUUAGCAAGUUACCUAAAUCAUUUUGGGCUUAUGCAUGUGACACACCCGUUUUUCUACUCUGUCGUACUAGGAAGUCAUGUGUUGAAGGUAAAACACCUUUCGAAUUUUGGACUGGCAAAGUGUUUAAGGGUUUUAACUAUCUACGAAUUUUUGGAUCAAAAUGCUAUGUUUAUUUACCAAAGAAAUUUCGUUUUAAGUUCGAUGACAAGGUUAUAACUGGCCAUUUCGCUGACUACGCGAAUGACAAAGAUGCAAAAUUUAGUGACUACGAAUCAGGAUACCAGCCCCACUUCUCUCAAGAAGCAAAUGCAUUAGUUUGCCUGACAAAAGCAAUCCAUGAAGAGCUUACACCAACAAACUUCAACGAAGCUAUGGAAAGUAGUAAUUCCAAUGAAUGGUUUGAUGUGAUGAAAGAGGAAAUGAAGGCAUUUGAAGAAAAUGAUAUCUGGGACUUGGUAGAACUGCCUAAAGGAAAACGUGUUAUCGAUAAGUGA